ACAAACGUGUGACCUCUCAGAUCAGCACACAGGGGAAGCAAACGAGCACAGAUCUCAGACGGAGUUUUGAUUUUAAAUCUCCUCGACAUUGUUCUGCUCUUCAGUUCAUUUUUUUCCCCAACCUUCUCAUCCCCUUGGUGACCCCUCCAUGUCGGGGAAGGAGCGCAGCCCCCGCCACCGGCCCUGGUCGGUGUACCGGGCCAACACGUUCGAUCUGUCGGCUGAGAUGAUGGGGCUGGCUCUCUCGGGCAGCAGCCAGGAUCCAGACGAGCCGGUGCUGGAGUUCAGUGUGGCCUGCAGCGAGCUGGUCACUCCCUCUCUGGACAGGAAGCCCACCAGCUUCGUGGCCGUCAGCUGCACCACGCCGCCUCAGGCCUUCUGGACCAAACACGCCCAGACUGAAAUCAUAGAGGUACACCGCUGUUAG